UCUAAUUCACCUCUUUCCCUGCGCGAAAAGUAGAAACAUCGCUGAAGCUCCGAUGGCUUCUUCUUCGCUGUUGAGUUCCGCUAUGUCGUCAUUUCAUGGCCAUUCCCAAUUAGUCUCGGCCCAUUUUCCUGCACCGACUGCCCUCGGAUACCCUAGCAAUGUAGCUUCAUUGGCGGUGAGGGUAAAAGCCUCGACUGGAGGUGCUAUAGUGCUUGUCGAGAAGGCAGAGGCUGAGAAGGUCAACCGGCUCAAAUCAAACUACCUUGAGAAAAUUGUGCCGAUGCUUAUGGAUGAGUUCUCAUACUCCAAUAUCCACCAGGUUCCCAAAAUUGAGAAGAUAGUAGUGAACUGUGGUAUUGGAGAUGCUCAGCAGAAUGCGAAGGGUUUGGAAGCUGCAAUGAGUGAGUUAGCAUCCAUUACAGGACAACGACCUGUGAAAACACGUGCAAAGAAGGCCAUUGCAACCUUCAAGAUCAGGGAGGGUCAACCACUUGGGAUUGCUGCUACCCUACGGGGAAAUGUGAUGUACUCCUUCCUGGAUCGUCUGAUCAACUUGGGGCUCCCUCGAACAAGGGACUUUCAGGGACUGAACUCAAACAGCUUUGAUGGACAUGGAAAUUACUCCAUUGGGAUCCGGGAGCAGAGCGUGUUCCCAGAAAUAAAGUUCGACACGCUUAGCAGACCGAGGGGAAUGGACGUUUGUAUCACAACGACAGCUGAAACUGAUCAAGAAGCUCAACGACUCUUGGCACUCAUGGGAAUGCCUUUCAGAGAAAGUGCUGGUUCUGCAUCUGGGCUGCGUAAAAAGAAGCUGAAGUCCCACCAUUUUGAUUCCAAAUCCAAGGGAAGAUCUCGGAGGUAAUGAAUACAUUUUAGGAAGAAGACUUUUAUAUUUCCUCAAUUCAUUUGCUGUUCUUUACUUGAAGAAACUGUACUCUACCAAAUUUAGCUGGAUUGUAUGCCAAUUUUAUGAAGUUAUAGAGGUUUGUUUAUGAGAGUAGUUCCUUUAACCCCGAAAUUCUAU